UGAACAUCCUGAAAACUCGAGGCUAAGUUAUCUUGAAGACAGGAUGAACAAUAAUGGUCAGACUUGAGAAGAAGGAGGGAUCCAGCCUUCAUUAGUCAUCCGUGUGCAAAGAAGAAGUUUUGAGUUCUCCAUGGGAAUCAGGAAUCAGACGCAGAUGGUGGAAUUUAUCUUCCUGGGGUUCUCUGGUAUUCUGUAUGGUCAUAUAUACAUCUCCCUGACAUUCUUGGCCAUCUACUUGGUCACGGUACUGGGGAACCUCAUGAUAUUCACUAUGAUUCAACUGGAUUCCAACCUUCAUAGCCCCAUGUAUUACUUCCUCAGCCAUCUCUCCUGCUUAGAUAUCUGCCUCUCCUCAGUCACUGUCCCUAAGAUGGUGGUCAACUUCUUGCAGCAGCAACACACCAUCUCCUACAACCAGUGCAUGGCCCAGAUGUUCUUCCUGAUGUCGUUCAUGGGGGCGGAGGCUGUACUGCUGGCUCUCAUGGCCUACGACCGCUAUGCCGCCAUCUGCAAACCUUUGCAUUACUCCCGCCUCAUGAACACCAAGGUGUGCACCGUACUGGCCUUUGCCACUUGGGUCUGGGGUUUCUUAAACUCUGCUCUACACACGGCACUCAGCACCAAGUUGGAGUUCUGUGGAGUCAACCAAAUUCAUCACAUCUUCUGCGAUCUCCCUCCGCUGAUGAAAAUGGCUUGCAAUGAUGUACACAUCAAUGAAGUGGCAGACCACAUGGCAGGAGUUUUUGUGGGUGGGGGACCCCUCCUGUUCAUAAUUUUCUCAUACGUCUUCAUCCUGUCCUCCAUCUUGAAGAUUCAGUCCACUACUGGCAAGCGCAAAGCCUUUUCCACUUGUGCGUCUCACCUCACUGUUGUCUUCAUUUACUAUGGAAAUGGGAUCUUGAACUAUCAGGCAGGUAACUCCUUGGCGACUGGCACGUUGGUCUCCAUCAUGUACUGUGCAAUCACCCCAAUGCUGAACCCCAUCAUUUACAGUUUCCGCAACAAGGAGGUGAAGAGGGCCCUGAAGAAGGCUGUGGAAACCUGGAGGAAGUCUUAA